CCGAAAGUUAAACCAAACACAAACACGUGAAUAAACUAUUGCGAGUAAAAAUUACUAAACCAAGCCACUCUAAAGGAGAGAACAUUGACUAAACCGGGUUUUAUCGAGCUAUCGGGUCGUUGGUUGUUGGUUGAUGGAGAGCAGCACAGAGCAAGCGAGGAACGUGAUGCAGAGCCCCAGAUCUCCGUCGUCUCAGCCCUAUUUGUCAGCUUCCGUCACCGAUCCCGUCAAAUUAGGCAAUGGCGUUCAAGCUUACAUCUCUUACCGAGUCAUCACCAAGACGAACUUGCCGGAGUAUCAAGGGCCGGAGAAGAUUGUUAUCAGACGGUACAGUGAUUUUGUGUGGUUGAGGGAUCGGCUUUUCGAGAAGUACAAGGGCGUUUUCGUUCCUCCUCUCCCUGAGAAGAGUGCUGUUGAGAAAUUCCGCUUUAGUGCUGAAUUUAUUGAAAUGAGGCGAGCAGCGUUGGAUAUAUUUGUUAAUCGGAUAGCGUCACACCCUGAGCUUCAGCAGAGUGAGGAUCUCAGGACCUUUUUGCAAGCUGAUGAAGAGACAAUGGAAAGAUUCAGGUUUCAGGAAACUGGUAUAUUCAAUAAGAAGCCUGCAGAUUUUAUGCAAAUGUUCAGGGAUGUGCAAUCAAAAGUUAGCGAUGCUGUCCUCGGAAAAGAAAAACCUGUGGAAGAAACUACUCCUGAAUAUGAGAAGCUUAAACACUACAUUUUCGAGCUUGAGAACCACUUAGCCGAGGCUCAAAAGCAUGCGUAUCGCCUCGUCAAGAGGCAUAGAGAGUUGGGCCAGUCACUGUUGGAUUUUGGCAAGGCUGUAAAGCUUCUUGGGGCUUGCGAGGGUGAACCUACAGGAAAAUUAUUUUCCGAUCUUGGCACCAAAUCCGAACUGGUAUCGAUUAAGCUCCAGAAAGAGGCUCAACAAGUCCUGAUGAACUUCGAGGAACCCUUGAAGGACUAUGUUCGUUAUGUGCAGUCGAUUAAGGCAACCAUAGCAGAACGAGCCACUGCAUUCAAGCAACAUUGUGAAUUGGCCGAAACAACAAAGUUAAAGGAAAUAAACCUUGACAAACUCAUGCUCACACGCUCUGACAAAGUAGGAGAAGCUGAGAUCGAAUACAGAGAGAUGAAAGCAGAGAGCGAGGAAGCAACGAUAAGAUUUGAGAGGAUAGUGAAGAGGAUGAAUGAGGAGAUAGUGAGGUUCCAAGAACAGAAGACGGAAGAGAUGGGAGUAGCGUUCCAUCAGUUUGCCAAAGGACAAGCCCGCUUAGCAAACGGUAUCGCUGAUGCUUGGAGAGCUCUUCUUCCCAAACUUGAAGCUGCUUCUUCUGCUUGAAUAAAAAAAAGACUUGUUUUUGUGUGUGUUUUGGUUUUCUAACAAUUUCUGGUGUUUUGGUGAAC